GCUUUACUCUAUCAUAAGCUAGAAAAUUUAGAAAACACACACACACACAUAUACAUCUAUCUAUUUGCUUGACAGAGAUCUUGACCAUUAUCAGCAUGUGCAACAAUAGGACUCUACUGCUACUUAGCAUUGCACUGACCGUUCUGUGUCUGUUGCAAUGUGGCGAGGCGCUUCCUUCUAUAGGACACUAUGGCAAGCGAUUUGAUCCCAUGGGCGGCAUUGAUUUCAUUCAGAUUUGUCUCAACAACUGCGCCCAGUGCAAGAAAAUGUUUGGGGAUUACUUCCAGGGCCAGACCUGUGCCGAGUCCUGUCUCAAGUUCAAAGGCAAAGCCAUACCGGAUUGCGAAGAUAUUGGCUCUAUAGCGCCGUUUCUGAACGCGCUCGAAUAGAGGUUUCAAA